AAUUUUUCAUUAAUAUUUGUGAUUAUUAAUAAUGUUUGCAUUAACUAGAGGUAUCCAUUUUAUUAAAUAUUAUUAGCAUUUAAAUUUUAGCAACCAAUAUUUGCUUUCUCAAAAUUUUAAUUACUUCAAGAUAAGUACUUUUUACCAAUCAAACCAAAAAAACUAAGAAACAUAGUAUAAUUAUAUAUUUAAAUAAUAUUAGGAAUAAGAAGUCCAUGAUAAAGCAUUACAAGAAUGGAUAUAAACUUAUCAACCACCAAAAAGGAUAACACCAUUAUCAGAAAAGAUUCUUUAUUAUUAAAAUAAGUUUCCACACUUGAAAGCUAAAUGGGGUGAUUUAUUUAAGGCUAUUAAAUAAUUGCCUGCAGAAGAAUAAGCAAAAGAUCAAGAAAUUAUUAAUAAAAAUAUUUAGGAGAAGAAAUAAGUUUAUUAAUAACUUUUGGAAGAGUAUGAGAACAAAUUCUAUGUUAAAAAGGGUGCCUAUACUCUAUAAUAAAUGUAUUUUUAAUCCCUCAAAAAUGUUAAUCUAAAACAAUAAUGGGUUUUAUUUCAUUAAUUGACAGAAGAAGAAAAAUAAAAAUAUCAAGCUUUAGCUGAUUAAGAAAACAAAAAAUUAGCUGAAAAAAAGUAAAAGCUUGCUGAAAUGUAUGGAAUUUCAUUAAAACAAUUGAAAAAAGAAUUAACUUAACUCAAAUAAUAAAGCAGAAUGGAAAAAGAGCAGAAAAAAACUUCUUUUUUUUAUUCAUCUUCAUCCUCAUCUGAUGAUGAAAAGAGUAAAGAAAAAAAACAAGAAGAAUAAAAUUGAAAUCAUA